AAAAAACCAAGACUUCUUCGUAGGGUAGGCGGCGUUUGAUGUUGGGCGAGAAUCCCAUGCUUUGGGCCGUUAAGCCCUGCGGUCACGAUAACUACGCCGGGUAUCGGAGAAUUGGACUAUCCACGUCGAAUAACUUCGGGUGUAUGUGUUUAUAAAUCUCCAGCUGGCCUUACACACCGUUAGAGUAAGUGAUUAGAUGCGAAUAAUAAAAAAAAAAAAAAAAAAACCAAACAAGCAAAGCUCAUCCCCGUUCCUCCGCACUCUACAUGUAAAUGGUAUCAUCGUCUCCAUUUACUUCUGAUUAAGAUGUCGACCCACCUGGGCAACGACCCAAUAACGGCUACUACCAACGCCUCCACUGAAAACGCUACAGAUUGUCCAUCGCAACCACCUUCCCAGAGCGAGAGCCCAUAUGGCCAAUCUCACCAUAGCUCCCGCGAGACCAAGACUUACCCUAAACCAGAAGCUGAAUACCAAGAAAUUAAACAGAACCCAGAUGUUUUCUUUGAAAAGCUUCAGGGUUUCCACACAUCCUUCGGUACCAAGUUCAGUGUCCCCACUGUAGCAGGAAAAGCUUUAGAUCUACACCACCUUUUUGUGGAGGUCACAUCUCGAGGUGGUAUUGAAAAGGUUAUAAGAGAUCGCAAAUGGAAGGACGUGAUUGUGGGUCUUAAUCCAUCUACCAUAACAAGUGCAUCAUUUGUUUUACGGAAGUUCUAUUUAUCGUUGUUAUAUCACUUCGAGCAGGCCUAUUACUUCCGGAAAGAAGUCCCUUCUAUUUCAGUGGCUGAUCCUGCGAGCAGGGUAAUCAAUGGAUCAGAGGCCUUGCAUGCUUUUGAGGGUGAUGCUGCGAGUCCUAACUUGGAACCUGGCAGUUCAGUGACUGGGACCAUUGAUGCAAAAUUUGAGUAUGGAUAUUUAAUUACUGUGAGUCUGGGUUCAGAUAAGCUGAAAGGUGUCCUGUAUCAUACUCCUAUGGCCUUAGACAUGUCCAAGAGUCAUAAUAGUUUUGUUGCGCCACCUCAAAGGAGACGGAAAAGACACCAGCUGGCAUUGAGGGACCCCUCCCGGCCUAAGUCAAAUAGAAGUGGUUAUAAUUUCUUUUUUGCUGAGCACUACACGAGGCUCAAGCCAAUGUACCAUGGGCAAGAGAAAUCCAUCACCAAGAAAAUUGGACUGUUAUGGAACAGACUCACAGAGGCUGAAAAAAAGGUGUAUCAGGAGAAAGGGUUGAGAGACAAGGAGAGAUACCGGACAGAAAUGUUGGAAUACCAAUCUUCCAUGCACUCACAAGCUCAAUAAAUAAUAACUUUGAGGUACUUUUAAGUUACCUUUUGGCAGGACUCCCCCCAAAACCAAAAAAAAGAAAAAAAAUUCUGAACCAAAAACCCACCCAAAAACUGCCCCUUAGAAAAAGAAGCAAUCUAUUUGUUUUUGUCUAUGCUUUCCUCCUCUUUUGCUUUGUUGUUGUUGGGGCUGGUGGUGGUAUUUUCAUAGUUGUAGUUUGGGUUUUUUUCCCUUCAUUUUGAAAAACUUUCUUCCUGUAUCAAAAUUACAGGAAAAAAAUGCUUUGUCACUGAAUUAGUGGGACAUAAAAAGGGGUGACGAUAUGUAUAAAAUAUAGUGAAUUGUGUUGUAUCAGAUCUUGAAUUGCUGAGACAAUGGUUCAGUUUUGAUGCUCUUCACAUUUUAAGUUA